CUUGCGCAGUUCAGACGCGGAUUCACUGUCGCGGAGCCCUGUGGAGAGGAAGAAGAAAUGGCGCUGACCAGUUUUUUGCCAGCACCAACUCAGCUAUCUCAGGACCAGUUAGAAUUGGAAGAAAGGUCAAGAUCCCAAAGGGUGAGACAGACUGCAUUGGUAUCGUCACGAAGGGAGCCUCCCCCUUACGGUUAUCGAAAAGGAUGGAUACCACGAAUGCUGGAAGUCAUUUACAGCAAAUACACAGACCUUGUUCCAAAGGAAGUUAUGAACGUUGAUGACCCUGAGCUGCAAAGGCCUGAUGAGGAAGCCGUCCGAGAGCUCACAGAAAAGACUCGAUCAGCCUUGGAAAAAUCUGUCUCCCAGAAAAUUGCAGCAGCCAUGCCAGUCCGAGCAGCUGAUAAACUAGCUCCAGCUCAGUACAUCCGGUACACGCCAUCACAACAGGGUGUGGCCUUCAAUUCUGGUGCAAAGCAGAGAGUUAUUAGAAUGGUGGAAAUGCAGAAGGAUCCCAUGGAACCACCAAGAUUCAAGAUUAACAAGAAAAUCCCUCGUGGGCCGCCAUCUCCUCCAGCACCUGUAAUGCACUCUCCCAGCAGAAAGAUGACCGUGAAGGAGCAACAAGAAUGGAAGAUUCCUCCCUGUAUUUCAAACUGGAAAAAUGCAAAGGGUUACACCAUUCCAUUAGACAAACGUCUGGCUGCGGAUGGCAGAGGACUGCAGACGGUUCACAUUAAUGAAAACUUUGCCAAGUUGGCUGAGGCUCUCUACAUUGCUGACAGAAAGGCUCGUGAAGCUGUAGAGAUGAGAGCCCAGGUGGAAAGGAAGAUGGCCCAGAAAGAAAAAGAAAAACACGAAGAGAAACUCCGUGAAAUGGCCCAGAAAGCCAGGGAGCGAAGAGCUGGAAUCAAAACCCACGUGGAGAAAGAGGAUGGAGAAGCUAGAGAACGUGAUGAAAUCAGACAUGACAGGCGGAAAGAUAGACAACAUGACCGGAAUCUUUCCAGAGCAGCCCCUGACAAGAGAUCAAAGUUGCAAAGGAAUGAAAACAGAGAUAUUAGUGAAGUCAUUGCCUUGGGUGUUCCUAAUCCUCGGACAUCCAAUGAGGUUCAGUAUGAUCAGAGGCUCUUCAACCAGAGCAAGGGCAUGGACAGUGGCUUUGCUGGAGGAGAAGAUGAAAUUUACAAUGUCUAUGAUCAGCCUUGGAGAAGUGGUAAAGACAUGGCUCAGAAUAUCUACAGACCUAGUAAAAAUGUAGAUAAGGACAUGUAUGGUGAUGAUUUGGAGGCCCGCAUAAAGUCUACUAACAGGUUUGUUCCCGACAAAGAAUUUUCUGGCUCAGACCGCAGACAAAGAGGUAGAGAAGGACCAGUUCAGUUUGAAGAGGAUCCUUUUGGUCUGGACAAAUUCUUGGAGGAAGCCAAACAGCAUGGGGGUUCAAAAAGGCCCUCUGACAGUAGCCGUCCUAAGGAACAUGAGCACGAAGGCAAGAAGAGAAGGAAAGAGUAAGGAUUUGUUCUUCUGGAUGAUGAGACUGGAUUCAAAAUUAAAGCAUUUAAAGCAGGCUGUAGGGGAAUAGUCUUUAC